GAAAACAGCAUAAACGAAGGGUUAAAGGCCUCUUACAAGGUGUGGAUGGAGUAUUCGAUGCUGAUUAUGAUUAUAAACCAUUAAAUCAACUAAUUGCUGAUCGUGAUAGGGUUGUUAAAGAAAAUGACAGAUUACACCUGCAUGAGUCGCGAACGAUAGCCGACAUUAAAAGAAUUGAAAAAGAAAUCGCCGAAUUGACCGCAAAAAAACUUAGUCUUGAGUCUAAUCUUACAAAUUUUUGCAUCCGAAAAGUUGAAUUGAAUGACCAAUUGGAAGAUUUAAACGAAAAAAUCGCCAAUUUUGGAUUAGAAGAUAAUCAUAAUGGGCACAAUACGCAUAGUAAGAAAGGAAAAACAAAUUUAAAACAGCAGCAGCAACCAGGAACCUGUAUAAAGAUUUUAGAAGGACACGAUGAUAUGAUUUUAUGUCUUGACUUUGAUAAACCUUAUGGUACUCUCGCUACGGCCUCUCUGGAUAACACUUUGAGGUUAUGGAAUUUGGCGAAUUAUCAAAGUUUAGGAAUUCUAGAUGGCCAUAAGGGCGUUGUAAAUUGCAUGCGUAUGGAUAAGCGUCGCUUGGUUACUGGGUCUCGUGAUUGUACUAUUAGACUAUGGGAUAUCUCAAAAGUGUCAUCACCUUCUAAAGUCAAACAGAUAUCUGAAAUAAAAUUUAAUCAGGGUGAAAAUGGAUUACCUUUUAUUGGUGACGAUUGCUGGCUAGCAACAUUAGAAGGACAUACGGGGAGUGUCACAUGUUUGCAUUAUGAAAAUGGCUGUUUGGUAUCGGGUUCAUCAGAUAAGACUAUGAAACAAUGGGAUAUGGAAACAGGACAAUGCAUUUUAACAAUGGACAUUUUAUGGGCCAUGUCCAGUUCAAAAGCUGAACUUAAGCAAGUAGGUUUUUUCUCAGGAGAAUACGCAUUUGAAUAUGGAGAUUUUGUCGGAGCUCUGCAAUUCCGAGAUGUUGGUUUGGCAAGCGGAACUGAAGAUGGUGUAAUUCGAAUGUGGGAUUUGAGAACAGGUCAGGCUCAUCGCGCAUUGCUCGGCCAUACUGGCCCUAUAACGUGCCUUCAGUUUGAUGAUUUACAUGUCGUAAGUGGAAGUGUUGAUAAAAGUAUAAAGAUAUGGGAUCUAAGAACGGGAUCCGUAAUCGAUACUUUUUUGUAUGAUCAUAGCGUCGUCAGUUUACAAUUUGAUCCUCAAAAAAUUGUCUGUAGCGUUGGCACUAAUGAUAUAAAGUUAUAUAAUAGAAUUUCGUUUCAACAAUCUAAAAUCGAAGGGCACACACUACCUGUACGAUGUAUAAGAUAUAAGGGUUCAAUAUUAUCUUCGGGUGGUCAAGAUAAUCUUAUAAAAAUAUGGGCGUUAUAA